UGGAUGAGAGGAUAGAAGCCGCCCCGCCUUUCACACAACACAACGUCGCAGUCACUAAUUAGUAACAAUUAACGAUAGUCGCUUUGAGUACAAGAAGUAGGCUAACUUUUAAAUCUGUUAGGAUACUUGUUUUGGUUGUUUGUUUUUUUUACGUGUGUCGCGUGACUGAAAGGACGCUCGAGCAGCGACCUGUCAACUACAAUUUGAGAUUUGGAAGGUUGUAACAGUAGUAUAUCCCAGCAGCAACCAAGUUGCAUGCAGAAUAGCGUUACUCAGCCGAGGCUCGGACUACUGCACAUCACACUGGAGAGUCUCUUCGCUUCCAAAAAAACAAGGAUGAACAGGAGAAACUGAGGGAGUUUGGACUGCACACCAAAUAGCAGAAAAGAAAACUUGCUUCUCCAGAGCAAGGAAGUGGCUACAAUUGGACCACCUUUACAAGAAAGGGUCUUUGUAAUAUGUGUAGCAUCUCAAGUGUUGUGGUUCUGCUGUGAUAAAUGUCAGCCUGUCCUGAUAUUUGUAUGGGUCUUGCUUCUCAACCAAAGAUCUCCCUUGGCGGACUGAACAAACGAGUCCACUCUAACAGAGCUACGCCUGUCCUCACUCUAGUCUGACGGCACUCACCGACAUCAAAGCUCUUCGUUCUUCUUGCUGUCUCAUCCUUCUGCUUCUGUCAGAGUGGGGGAUGUCUGUUUUCUAACACCUCUCAGCCUGCUUAUCUACUAGAUCUGUACAACUGCGACCAACACUGGACAUGGAGGACUAUGAUGUUCGCUCGGCCGCCAGCAUCCUGGCCUCAGUGAAAGAGCAGGAGGCGCGCUUUGAGCAGCUGACCCGAGCCCUUGAGGAGGAGCGGCGCAACGUCACGCUGCAGCUAGAGCGCGCCAACCUGCCUCCCAACCCCCCUACCAGCCAACCGCUAGCAUGGCAGCAGGUGGUGAUGCAGGAGCAGAGCCCCAGCAACGCCACAACCCUGGCUAUGAUGCAGGAGCCGCAGGAGGUGGUGGAGGAGACGGUCACCAUAGAGGAGGACCCUGGCACCCCCACCUCCCACGUCUCUGUGGUCACCUCUGAUGACGGCACCACACGGCGCACAGAAACCAAGGAUAUCUCAUCUAACGUGAAGGUGACCAAAGUGGUCAAAACCAUCACACGCCGCACCUAUCAUCCAGUGACGGUGACUGACAACUUGUUAGAGUCCAGGCCUGCCACCCGGACCCCCACCCCGGUCUCCAUCUCGCCCCCCAGCACAUCGGAGACAGAACCAGUGACUAAGAUGGUGAAGACAGUGACCACACGGACAGUGCGCCAGGUGCCCCUAGGCCCCGAUGGCUUGCCCCUGCCCGAGGGCUCGUCUCCACUAGGCAACUACACCGACUCCAUUGACCGGCGCUACAUGAAGAAUGGAGGCUUCAUCACGCCUCAAGCAACCUCCACCCUGACGCGCUCCUACAACAACUCCUACAACGAUUCAUACGGCGAGACACCUGAGAGCCAGUACGUCCGCCACUACGGCCUGCAUGAUGGCUACGCCGAUUUGACGGACAACUACGGCAGCCUGUCACGCGGCGUCAACUUCCGGCCACCGCGCUACCCCUACCUGCCCAACAGCUACCGGCCAGAGAACAGCUACACGCUGCCUAUUCGUAAGGAUGACUACGGCCAUGUGGCCCAGCCCCAGGUGCCUAUGGGUAACAGCACUGUGGAUCUGAACCGCUCGCAGCCUGAGCGCUUCCAGCCCGAGCCAUAUGGCCUGGAGGAUGAUCGCCGCAGCUUGGGCCCUGAAGAGGAGGAGCCAUACGAGCUGGAGCCCGACUACUCCACUGCAAACCGCCGCACCCUGCAGGGGGCCAACCGGGGUCGCACCCACCGGGAACCUCUUCGUGAUGUGCCCCGAGUCAGAGGGUACCCAGACGAAGCCAUCGAGGCAGAGCUGAUCGAUGAGCGCCACCCCUACAUCCAUGGCAUGUAUUCAGCGCCGCUGGCCCAGCCCGAGAGGGGGAGCAUGGCCAGUCUGGACCGCAUGGGCGGCCGGCGCUCACCGUCCAUCGACAGCAUCCGCAAAGACCCGCGCUGGCGUGACCCAGACCUCCCCGAGGUGAUCGCCAUGCUGGGUCAUCCCAUUGACCCGGUCAAGUCCAACGCCGCCGCCUACCUGCAGCACCUGUGCUACGAAAAUGACAAGAUUAAGAAGGAUGUGCGUCAGCUGAAGGGGAUUCCUGUUCUGGUGGGGCUUCUGGACCACCCCAAAUCCGAAGUCCACCGCAAGGCUUGCGGCGCCCUGCGCAACAUCUCCUACGGCAAGGACAACGACAACAAGGUGGCCAUCAAGAACUGUGACGGCAUCCCAGCCCUCGUGCGCCUGCUGAGGAAGACCAAUGACAUGGAGGUUCGAGAGCUCAUCACCGGAACCUUGUGGAACCUGUCGUCCUAUGAACCCCUGAAGAUGGUGAUCAUCAACCACGGCCUGCAGACCCUGACCAACGAGGUCAUCAUCCCCCACUCGGGGUGGGAGCACGAGCCAAACGAGGACUCGAAGCCCCGCGACGCCGAGUGGACCACCGUCUUUAAGAACACCUCCGGCUGCCUCAGAAAUGUGAGCUCAGACGGGGCAGAGGCUCGCCGCAGACUGAGGGAAUGCGAGGGAUUGGUGGACGCCCUGCUGCACGCGCUCCAAUCAGCUGUAGGGAAGAAAGACAUGGACAAUAAGUCUGUGGAGAACUGCGUUUGUAUUAUGAGGAACCUGUCCUACCACGUCCACAAAGAGGUGCCAGGGGCCGAAAAGUUCCAGGACCCCUCGGCGCUACAGGCCCCUGGCUCGGCAGGACCACAGAGGAAGAAAAAGGACGACGCCGGCUGCUUCGGAGGCAAGAAAGCCAAAGAGGAAUGGUUUAAUCAAGGCAGGAAAAACGGUGACAACGACAAAAACUACGACACGCUGGAUCUGCCCAAGCGCUCAGAGCCGUCAAAAGGCUUUGAGCUGCUGUAUCAGCCGGAAGUGGUGAGGCUCUACCUAUCUCUGCUGACUGAGAGCCAGAACUACAACACCCUGGAGGCCGCUGCCGGGGCUCUGCAAAACCUCAGCGCUGGACAGUGGACUUGGUCCAACUACAUCCGAGCCACGGUGCGUAAGGAGAAAGGUCUUCCUAUCCUGGUGGAGCUGCUGCGCUCCGACUCGGACAAGGUGGUCCGAGCUGUGUCCAUCGCCCUGCGCAACCUGUCCAUCGACCGCCGCAACAAGGACCUGAUCGGAAGUUAUGCCAUGCGGGACUUGGUGAGCAACCUGCCCAGCGGUCAACAGCGGCCAGCCAAAAACCUGGAGGAGGACACUGUGGUGGCCAUCCUCAACACCAUCCAUGAGAUUGUCACAGACAGCUCUGAAAACGCCCGCUCUCUCGCCCAGGCUCAGGCCAUUGAGAAGCUGGUCGCCAUCAACAGGACCAGCCAAUCAGCUCGCGAAACCAAGGCGGCAUCCCACGUGCUGCAGACGGUCUGGAGUUAUAAGGAGCUGAGGAACGCUUUGACCAAGGACGGCUGGAACAAAAGCCACUUCCAGCCCACAGUGACAGCCACCCCCAAAGCAACCAAGAACGGCAAGCCAGGCUACGACGACACCACCCUACCCCUGAUGGAGAAGAACCAGGGACCCAGGAAAUGUGGCAGUGGUGAUAUGAUACCUAUGGAUGAGCUGGGUCCAGAUGGUUACUCCACCAUUGACCAGAAAGACAAGGACUGCAAAUACAAGACAGUGGACAGCUCAGUGGACCAGACAGACCGGGAGCCAUUAAAGAAUGACACAAAUAGGAAACACUAUAUCAGGAGUAACAGGCCUGCGGUCAGUCUGGUGGACGCUUGUGAUGUUAAGCCCCAGCCUGUUGACUCCUGGGUCUAAAUGCAUGCAUGGCUUAAAGGAACGACAUCCCAGCUAGAGGACGAUCUCUCAUAUCACCACUGCCAUUUGACAUGGAGCUCAUCUUUGGAGUUGGACUUUGUACAGAAAAGAGGAUUUAAAAAUAAAUAAAAAAUAAUGAUCACGGCAGCAACUACCCAGCAGCAGCCAACAUUCUCCUGCUUUUCAGAAGAAGAAAAAAAUGAAAAAAAAGAAUAAAAAAGUGACUACUCCUGCUACUUUCUCAUAUCUACAUUCCCACUGGACAUCAUGUGAAUUUUUACAGUGUUGACUCUUGUUGAGCUCUACCGGUUACCAGAAACGGACAGAGGCCGGUGCUGGUGAAGGAAUGGAGGACGUAUGGAGGGCGAUCAGAUGUGAGGAGAAGGAAGGUAAUAGAAAAAGGAACGUGUUGGAAGGAAACCUGUGGGAAUGCGAAAUGAAUGUUUUUCAUUUCCGUUUUCACAUCUGCAAGAAGUUCAUGCCUGAACUUUGUGGGGUUUUAGAGAAUUUUACUUACAGUUUGUUUUCAAGCUUUGGUAUUUUGAUGUGAAACAGGUAUGGACUGGUGUGUUAGAGGGUCACGGAACGUUUGUUUUCAGGUUGGUGGGAUGGACACAAGAAAGUAAAAAGGAUAAAGAGAGAAAGAGAGAAAGCGAGCCCAGGAGGAGCUGUAGCAUAGUGGAUAAACAUGGACACUCAACAGUCUGCUCUCAUAGACUUAUAUUUGGUUCACUGGUGUUUAUUUAGGGAGAAAAAAUGCACUGAGAUGUUUCGAAAUCAGAAGUGGUAAACAAGUAAUUGAUACUAAAGUGAGGAGUCUGCAAGUUGUGGUCUGGAGAAGGGAAAGUGACAUAGUCUGUACAUCAGACGGAGUAACGGUUUAUGUUCACACUGCAUCGCAAAAAGUACGCUGAAAUGGAAACAACUGUUUCUGUUUCAUCGUGGUCAACAUGUUGACCCUCACUCACAGAGCUGUGGUUACUAGGGUAACCACUCAGGUUGUGUAGCGACGCAGUUUGGCGAGUUUCCUGGCUGGUUGCUCUUUGUCAAUGAUGUGUAUUAAAGAGGAUAUACGGCAUUUUGUUUAUAAAUGAUGUGUUUUUUUGAAAAGAGAGGCGUAAGAUUGUUCUCUUGAAAGGAUAGAUCUAAAAGCUUUUUUUUUGUGUGUGUGUGUGGGGGCGGGGGCUAUAUAGAUGUAUAUUGGGGUCAAAAAGGAAAAAAAAUGGUAAAAUGAAGGAGAAAAAAAGAAAUACAAAUGACCGACUUCUUAGUUGUAUAUUAAUAUCACAUUGUUUGGAAAGCACAUUUCAUUUGAUAAAGGAUCACCAUGUUUGUAAACACGAAGUAACCACGUAACUUAAAUGUGUGUCAAAUUUUGUCGAGUUACGCAACGAUCACCUAUUUAUAUUUUGUAUUUGUCACAACAACAAAAAAAGUUGAUCUGCAGUGUUCUUUCUAAAGGUGAUGACUACCUACAUGGUGUGUGACAGCCCCUGCAUCUCCGAAACCAGACACUCUGGAGGGGGUCAAAGGUCAGACAGAGAUUUGAUGGGAUAGACCAGAGACGGCAGUGUUAAUAAGAGUUCCUUCAUUUUCUUCUUCUCGAUGCAUUCAGAACCGAGUUACCGCCAAACCCUGAACCCUCCUCCUCCCCCGGGUGCAUUUUAAAGAGAAAUAUUCAUUCGUGAGCAUGAAGAAAAACUGUACAGAUGUUUAUAUUCUAUUCUUUCCAAGUGCCAGUUUUUGUGGUGUCAUUUGGAUAUUAACUAAUUCAUUCAUGUGCAAGAAGAGAGUACAGGGAGGACGAGUGGAUGUGGAUGUACAAGGCAAAAAUAAUAGCAUUGCAUCAUGCUGUACAAAACAAAAACAUCAUGUUUGGUCAUAUAGUAUAUAUUUUUACAACGCUUUAGGGAGAGGGGCAGUCGAGAUAAAGAAAAGCAGAUAGAGAUACAGAAUCAUAUUUCUACUUUCUCUUGCUCGGUGAGACUGCACACUCAACCCAGUGAGAAUGUGUCCGCUCUCCUUUUCCAGCCCCAGUCUGUCAGGGAGACAGAAAGAGAAUCCAAUCCAAGUCGGUAAUCACUCAUGCGUCAUCAAGGCGAAUGGCAUGUGCCUGCAUCGAAGUCAGAUUUUUUCUUUGUGGCGUAUGUGACUUUAUAAAGCUUGCAUAUUUUACAGUGUUUACAAAGAUGUAUGUUGUGGUAAAAAUCAAUAAACUACACAAACAAACAAAAAACUUACUGUAUAAAUUUUAAUUUUCAGAAGUUAAAAAAAAAAAAAAAAAACAAUACCCAGAAUCCCUUUUGUGUGUCCUCAGAAGUGUGUGCUUUCAUUGGACAAUACUGAACCCUUGCAACAAAGACCCAUACGACUGUCUAUUCCUGACUGCACGUGGCAGUACCACAACCAAAGGAUCUGGAGGUGUAUUUACAUGCAUUCAAAAGUGGGGAGGGCUUUGGUUUUGUGGAUGUACAGCGUGUUUUACAUUUACAAAAGAAAGAGCCAAGCAAACUGUGCUGUAAAAGAAAUGCAGGACACGGACAUGCAUCGAAUCAAACAAGCCUACCUGUGUAGAUAUAACUGAUUCAAGACCGUCAAAAUAAAGUAACUGUACUACUCAGUAGCAGAUGUGUUUGUACCUAUCAUGUGCCUUAACCUUUUCCAUGGUAGAUAAAGAUAAGUGUGUUUUAUAUAACUUUAUUCCUUCCUUUCAACUGGCAUCUCUUCAUUCUGUCUGUUCACCUCUCCCCCUUCACCUCCUGUGUCAUCCUCCCUCUCUUUUUCCUCCACUCAACUCACUCAUUCAUUCAUCCUGCACUCCCUCCCUAACCCCCCCCCCAAACCCUAAGUAGUAUAGACUGUUGGUGGGUUUCUGCCUUGUAUGAAAUUGUAUUAUAACCUUUUAAAAAGAUAGUCGUUCAAAUAAGGGUUUUGAUUUCCUAGAGGAGUAAAGUUGUUAAUGCUUUCGUAGCGAGCAGAAGCGAUGCCACAGUGACAGAAUGUAUCAUGUUAAUUUUACUAAUACCCAGAGGCAAAUAUUACGCUUGUUAAACAUAAUGGAAAAAUACUGGUUUGUAGAGUAUAAAUUUGGUGUGUUUUCAAUAAAUCAUGCCUGGAAAGAA